UCUGAGCACCCUGAUCUGCUAUUCUGGAAUAACAUUUUGAACAUGGAGCUAAUCAACUGGUCACUCAGCGCAUUGGACAAAAUGUUUCCACAAAGGAAAGAAUCUCCAGGAGAACCACUCUGCCCCUUGGGGACUUUUGCCUCCGGCUACGUGCGGGACGCGUGGGAUUCCUGGUGCCCCGUGUGUCUGGAGCCUCUGUCCAUCGAGGAUGCAGAGGAUCUAUUCAUAUUUUGGACUUUGAUAACAGGGCUACUCAUGAUUGGCUUUGGUGGUGCCCUGCUUUAUCGGAAGAUUGGAAAGAUUGGAAAAUCUGCGGUCGGGCCAUUGGCGUGUCCACCGGCCGUGGAGCUACAAACGCCGACGGGGCCAUGGUUACUCGGCUGACGGAAUUACACCAGAGGAUGACCCGGAUUGAAGGACUGACAAUAAACAUCUCAGCUCGUUCGGAUGAUUUGCAUCAGAGGAUGACCCGGAUUGAGGGACUGAUCAGUAACAUCUCAGCUCGUUCGGAUUCCUGGAUUGAAGGACUGACUAAUACGAUCUCAGCCCGUUCGGAGGAGACAAGAGACUGAGGGAUGACAUCUGCAGACAGACUGAACACUUGGUUACUAUGGUGACAGCCUUGUCUGACAGGCUUGAGGAGAUGUCACGGGUGACCCAUGGUCCCACAAGAGGCGAUGAAGCCCUGAGUUCUGACCAAGUGGAGUAUUGAUCUAGACAAAUUUGUCAUGGAUUGUUAAAAUGUAUUAGAAUUGGCUGUGCAUUACUCUGUCCCUUCUCCCUCACCCCUCCCUCCCCGGGUCCAAUCUAGCUCACCAGCUGUGCCUCUAUCUAUCCUCUUCCCCUGUUGUGACUCCCUUCAAGGACAACUGUUGGACUGACAUGUAAACAUCUUGGUCGGCCUCGGUCAUACUGUACUUCUAUAAACAACACUUCACUACACUGAUGCAGAUACACCCCCUCCCACCCCACCUUACAGUCUCACUGUCUGCUCUCCGACCUUAUCUAUCUGUCCUGAUGAAUCCAAGAAAAAAUUCCAGCAAGGUUUCCACUGUAUGUGCGUGUGUUUUUUUAUUGUUUGUACUGCAAUUGCUUCCACUGUCGGACUAGCGCCGGGUAACCUGGCUGCUGAUGGGAAUUUCCCCGCUGUGGGACUAAUAAAGGCCUUCUAUUCUAUUCUAUUCUAUUCUAUUCUAUUCUAUUCUAUUCUAUUCUAAAGAUGUGUAUUUAAGCAGUGUGUUGGAAGAUGGAGGUUAAGAGAGAUGACUGAAUGCUCUGUUAACAUUUUUACAUGUCGUGUAAGAGGGUGUGAGGGAGGUAGGAUACAGUAGAUGGCGGUAGUGUAACUUUAAGGAUGCGAGUCGCCGUAAAACACUAAAGAAGAAGGGGAACACCACCGAAGAAGAAAAAGACCAGGCGAAAAUCUUUGAGAUCUGUUGUCUUUGUUCUGUUCUUAGAGCAGAGAGCUACUGGAUUCUAGGAACCGAGACGAAAAUGGAUCAGUACAAACUGGAAAUGAAAGAAGAGGACGUGGACGUCUAUCUAGAACAGAAGCAGAGCGAUACGGAGCAGCAGGACCCGAGUUUAACCGAGCAGGACCGGUCCACUAUUGGAAUAAAGGAGGAACAGCAGGACCAGAGUUUAACCGAGCAGGACCGGUCCACUAUUGGAAUAAAGGAGGAACAGCAGGACCAGAGUUUAACCGAGCAGGACCGGUCCACUAUUGGAAUAAAGGAGGAACAGGACCCGAGUUUAACCGAGCAGGACAGGUCCAUAACCGGAAUAAAGGAGGAACAGCAGGACCCGAGUUUAACCGAGCAGGACAGGUCCAUAACCGGAAUAAAGGAGGAACAGCAAUACCCGAGUUUAACCGAGCAGGACCGGUCCAUUAGCGAAGCUGAGGAGGAGCAGCAGGACCGUGACCACGCUGGUCCCACAGAUCAACAGGAACACAGAGGACGAAGAGCUUUAAGGCUGUAUCUCCGUCAGCAAUGUCGUCAGGCCUUUACCAGACCACCAGAGCCUUAUUCAUGUGAACAGUGUGGAAAAGCAUUCUCUCGGCAGGGUAAUUUACGGGCACACCAAUGUGUUCACACUGGAGAGAAACCCUAUUCAUGUGAGCAGUGUGGAAAAGCAUUCUCUCGACACAGUCAUUUACAGGCACACCAACAUGUUCACACUAGAGAAAAACCUCAUUCAUGUGAACAGUGUGGAAAAGCAUUUUCUCAUCACAGUGUUUUACUAACUCACAAACGCAUUCACACUGGAGAGAAACCCUAUUCAUGUGAACAGUGUGGAAAAGCAUUUUCUCAUCACAGUGUUUUACUAACUCACAAACGCAGUCACACUGGAGAGAAACCCUAUUCAUGUGAACAGUGUGGAAAAGCAUUCUCUCGGCAGGGUAAUUUACGGACACACCGACGCAUUCACACUGGAGAAAAACCAUAUUCAUGUGAAGAGUGUGGAAAUGUAUUCUCUCAACAAAGUGCUUUACGGGUACACAGACACGUUCACACUGGAGAGAAGCCUUAUUCAUGUGAACAGUGUGGAAAAGUAUUCUCUCAACCCGGUCAUUUACAGGCACACCAAAGUGUUCACACUGGAGAAAAACCUCAUUCGUGUGAACAGUGUGGAAAAGCAUUUUCUCAUCACAGUGUUUUACUAACUCACAAACGCAUUCACACUGGAGAGAAACCCUAUUCAUGUGAACAGUGUGGAAAAGCAUUUUCUCAUCACAGUGUUUUACUAACUCACAAACGCAUUCACACUGGAGAAAAACCCUAUUCAUGUGAACAGUGUGGAAAAGCAUUCUCUCGGCAGGGUAAUUUACGGACACACCGACGCAUUCACACUGGAGAGAAACCAUAUUCAUGUGAAGAGUGUGGAAAUGUAUUCUCUCAACAAAGUGCUUUAAGGGUACACAGAUACGUUCACACUGGAGAGAAGCCUUAUUCAUGUGAACAGUGUGCAAAAGGAUUCUCUCGACCCGGUCAUUUACAGGCACACAAAUGUGUUCACACUGGAGAGAAACCCUAUUCAUGUGAGCAGUGUGGAAAAGCAUUCUCUCGACACAGUCAUUUACAGGCACACCAACAUCUUCACACUGGAGAAAAACCUCAUUCAUGUGAACAGUGUGGAAAAGCAUUUUCUCAUCACAGUGUUUUACUAACUCACAAACGCGUUCACACUGGAGAGAAACCUUAUUCCUGUGAACAGUGUGGAAAAGCAUUCUCUUGGCAGGGUAAUUUACGGACACACCGACGCAUUCACACUGGAGAGAAACCAUAUUCAUGUGAAGAGUGUGGAAAUGUAUUCUCUCAACAAAGUGCUUUACAGGUACACAGACACGUUCACACUGGAGAGAAGCCUUAUUCAUGUGAACAGUGUGGAAAAGUAUUCUCUCGACCCGGUCAUUUACAGGCACACCAAAGUGUUCACACUGGAGAAAAACCUCAUUCAUGUGAACAGUGUGGAAAAGCAUUUUCUCAUCACAGUGUUUUAGAAAGACACAAACGCAUUCACACUGGAGAGAAACCCUAUUCAUGUGAACAGUGUGGAAAAGCGUUCUCUCAACACAGUGUUUUACGGGCACACAGACGCAUUCACACUGGAGAGAAACCUUAUUCAUGUGUACAGUGUGGAAAAGCAUUCUCUCAACACCAUCAUUUACAGGCACACAAAUGUGUUCACACUGGAGAGAAACCUUAAUUAUGUGAACAGUGUGGAAAUGCAUUCUCUCAACACCGUAGUUUACAGGCACAGCAUUGCGAUCACACAGGGGACGAACCUUAUUCAUGUGAACAGUAGUAAUUUGCUCAAACAUUGUGUUCACACUGGAGAGUGCAGAGAAGCAUUUCUGCACCUCAAUGACAAACCAAGUGUUCACGCUGGCCAAAGAUCCUAUUUAUGCGAAAAACUUUUUUGUUUUAUCUGUCCAACUUGACAGAGCACCCGCAAAUCACACAUCAAAUUAGCAAAUGUUCAUGCGUCAUAUAAAUGUUCCAGAAUGUCUAAAAAGGUGUCUGUUGGGGCAUAUCUUUGCAAGAACUGACUUUGGCCAAUGAGGCGUCAUUUAACUCGUUCGAAUCUAUGCAACUGGCCGAAAAACAUACGUGUUCACAAACGUGAACAGGAUGGACGACCUGUCCAGGAUGUACAUCGUUUAAUCCCCGUACGGGAUUAAGCGAUAGAAGAUGGAUGGAAUAUGUUAGUUUGCUUGUUUAAAGCGAUGUGGGUAUAGAUUUCUACAAAAUAAGCACAUUUUAGCACUCUUGUUCUUGAAGCAGUCCAAGAUGAAAUUAAGUCCACCUACAUACAAAUGCUGAGGUGUGUGGCAGUGUUGCCUUCGUUGGUCCUUUU